UCUGAUGAAGAUGAUGAAGAUGAAGAUGAGGCGUCUGCUGCUCCUGUGUGUGUUCUGCGCGCUCUCCGUGUCUCUGUGCAGCGGAGCCUGUGCCGAGGUGGACUCAGACACAGAAGCUGUGGCGGGAAAGAGCUUCAAGCUGGGAUGCAUCUCCUGUAAGAUGCGAGGAGAGGUGGAGGCCACAGCAACCGUCGACUGGAUGUUCAGGGCGCGAGGAGAAGCCGACUUCGUGCACAUUUAUAGCUACGACGGCGAGGCGUGCAGCAUCAUCGAUGAGCGCUUUCAGGAUCGCGUGGAGUGGCACGGCAGCAGGAACACCUUGGACCUUCAGGACGCGUCUGUGGACCUCCUCAACGUCACCUUCGACGACUCUGGCGCCUACCACUGCAUCUUCAACCGAGUCCUCGGCUACAAGCACUACGAGUUCUCCACCAUCGCCAGCAAAGUGGUGCACCUCACCGUCGUGGGCAAAGAGCGGAGUAUUUAGCGAUCGCAUCCGAGAGCAAAGACAACUGCGCCGGCGUGCAGGUAGCAGAAUAGCACAGGUUUUUCCGGGACGCUCUUCCUCCUGAACUGCUG